GCGGGGCCCCUGCGUCGGUCGCUGUGUCCGUCUGUGCGGUCGCGCCGCGAUCGCGCCCGGCCUCGGCAUGAAGUCCCGCCGGGACAAGCUGCACAUCCCCGCGCUGACCCUCGAUCUGUCUCCGAGCAGCCAGAGCCCGUCCCUGCUGAGUCCCAGCAGCCCCUGCAGCCCCUGUAGCCCCUCCCUGGGCCUGCACCCCUGGAGCUGCCGCAGUGGGAACCGCAAGAGCUUGGUGGUAGGAACGCCGUCGCCGACUCUUUCCCGGCCCCUGUCACCGCUGUCUGUCCCGACGGCAGGCAGCAGCCCCCUAGACAGUCCUCGGAACUUCUCGGCAGUGUCUGCCAUCAACUUCCCUUUUGCCCGGAGGGCAGACGGCAGAAGAUGGUCCCUCGCGUCUCUCCCGUCUUCUGGCUAUGGAACCAAUACGCCCAGCUCCACCCUCUCGUCGAGCUCAUCCUCCCGGGAGCGCCUCCACCAGCUUCCCUUCCAGCCGACGCCGGACGAGCUGCACUUCCUGUCCAAGCACUUCCGCAGCUCAGAGAGCGUGGCUGAUGAGGACGGGGGCCGCUCACCCCGCCUCCGGCCCCGCUCCCGCAGCCUCAGCCCGGGACGCACGUCAGGGACCUUCGACAAUGAGAUCGUCAUGAUGAAUCACGUGUACCGGGAGCGGUUCCCCAAGGCCACAGCACAGAUGGAGGGCCGUCUGCAGGAGUUCCUGGCGGCCUACGCGCCCGGGGCCCGGCUGGCUCUGGCCGACGGCGUCCUGGGCUUCAUCCACCACCAGAUCACCGAGCUGGCCCGAGACUGCCUGGCCAAGUCAGGCGAGGCCCUCGUCACCUCCCGCUACUUCCUGGAGAUGCAGGAGAAGCUGGAGCGGCUUCUGCAGGACGCACACGAGCGCUCAGACAGCGAGGAGGUCAGCUUCAUCGUCCAGCUCGUCCGGAAGCUGCUCAUCAUCAUCGCGCGGCCUGCGCGGCUCCUCGAGUGUCUGGAGUUCGACCCUGAGGAGUUUUACCACCUGUUGGAGGCGGCCGAGGGCCAGGCCCGAGAGGGCCACGGCAUCAAGACGGACCUGCCGCAGUACAUCAUCGGGCAGCUGGGCCUGGCCAAGGACCCCCUUGAGGAGAUGGUGCCGCUGAGUCACCUUGACGAAGGACAGCCCCCAGCCCCUGAGUCCCCAGAGAGCCGUGCCCUGGUCGGCCAGUCACGGAGAAAGCCGUGUGAGAGCGACUUCGAAACCAUCAAACUCAUUAGCAACGGGGCCUAUGGGGCCGUCUACCUGGUGCGGCACCGCGACACCCGGCAGCGCUUCGCCAUCAAGAAGAUCAACAAGCAGAACCUGAUGCUGCGCAACCAGAUCCAGCAGGUGUUCGUGGAGCGCGACAUCCUCACCUUCGCCGAGAACCCCUUCGUGGUCAGCAUGUUCUGCUCCUUCGAGACGCGCCGCCACCUGUGCAUGGUCAUGGAGUAUGUGGAAGGCGGUGACUGCGCCACGCUCUUGAAAAACAUGGGCCCGCUGCCCGUGGACAUGGCCCGCAUGUACUUCGCUGAGACGGUGUUGGCGCUCGAGUACCUGCACAACUACGGCAUCGUGCACCGCGACCUCAAGCCGGACAACCUGCUCAUCACCUCGCUUGGCCACAUCAAACUGACCGACUUUGGCCUGUCCAAGAUUGGGCUCAUGAGCAUGGCCACCAACCUCUACGAGGGCCACAUCGAGAAGGACGCCCGGGAGUUUGUGGACAAGCAGGUGUGCGGAACCCCGGAGUACAUCGCCCCUGAGGUCAUCUUCCGCCAGGGCUACGGGAAGCCGGUGGACUGGUGGGCCAUGGGUGUCAUCCUCUACGAGUUCCUGGUGGGCUGCGUGCCGUUCUUCGGAGACACCCCCGAGGAGCUGUUCGGGCAGGUGGUCAGCGAUGAGAUCAUGUGGCCAGAGGGAGACGAGGCCCUUCCAGCUGAUGCCCAGGACCUCAUCACCAGGCUGCUCCGGCAGAGCCCACUGGACCGACUCGGGACUGGUGGCACCCACGAGGUGAAGCAGCACCCCUUCUUCCUGGCCCUCGACUGGGCAGGGCUUCUGCGACACAAGGCGGAGUUCGUGCCCCAGCUGGAGGCUGAGGACGACACCAGCUACUUCGACAGUGGGCCGCACACGCCUGUCCCUCCCACAGCGCGUUCGGAACGUUACCGCCACCUGGGCUCCGAGGAGGACGAGACCAACGAUGAGGAGUCGUCCACGGAGAUUCCCCAAUUCUCGUCCUGCUCCCACCGGUUCAGCAAGGUCUAUAGCAGCUCUGAGUUCCUGGCCGCCCAGCCCACUCCUACCUUUGCUGAAAGGAGCUUCAGUGAGGACCGGGAGGAAGGCUGGGAGCGCAACAUCGAGGUGGAUUAUGGCCGCAGGCUGAGCGCUGACAUCCGGCUGAGGUCCUCGACGUCCUCUGGUUCCUCCUGUCACUCAUCUUUGUCGCAGCCUGAACGCGGCCCUAGCCCGUCCCUCCUCAACACCACCAUCAGCCUGGACACUAUGCCCAAGUUUGCCUUCUCGUCAGAGGAUGAGGGGGUGGGCCCCAAGAGGCCCAUCUUCAUUCUGGGGGAGCCUGACCCACCCCCAGUGGCCACUCCAGUGAUGCCAAAGCCCUCUAGCCUUUCUGCCGACACAGCCGCCCUCAGCCAUUCCCGCCUCCGAAGUAACAGCACCGGCGCCCGACACUCCACGCCUCGGCCCCUGGAUGCCGGCCGGGGCCGCCGCCUUGGGGGCCCGAGAGACCCAGCCCCUGAGAAGUCCAGGGCCUCCUCUGGUGGUGGCGGCGGCGGCGGCAGUGGGGGCCGCGUGCCCAAGUCAGCCUCCGUCUCUGCCCUGUCCCUAAUCAUCACGGCAGAUGACGGCAGUGGCGGCCCCCUCAUGAGCCCCCUGUCCCCACGCUCACUGUCCUCGAACCCGUCGUCCCGCGACUCCUCGCCGAGCCGAGACCCAUCCCCCGUGUGCAGCAGCCUGCGGCCCCCCAUCGUCAUCCACAGCUCAGGCAAGAAGUACGGCUUCAGCCUGCGGGCCAUCCGCGUCUACAUGGGCGACAGCGACGUCUACACUGUGCACCACGUCGUCUGGAGCGUGGAGGAGGGAAGCCCGGCCCAGGAGGCGGGCCUGCGCGCCGGCGACCUCAUCACCCACAUCAACGGCGAGUCGGUGCUGGGGCUGGUGCACAUGGACGUGGUCGAGCUGCUGCUGAAGAGCGGCAACAAGAUAUCGCUGCGGACCACGGCCCUGGAGAACACGUCCAUCAAGGUGGGCCCCGCGCGCAAGAACGUGGCCAAGGGCCGCAUGGCGCGCAGGAGCAAGCGCAGCCGCCGGCGCGAGACCCAGGACCGGCGGAAGUCGCUCUUCAAGAAGAUCUCCAAGCAGUCGUCCGUGCUGCACACCAGCCGCAGCUUCUCCUCCGGACUGCACCACUCGCUGUCAUCCAGCGAGAGCCUCCCCGGCUCGCCCACCCACAGCCUCUCCCCCAGCCCCACCACACCCUGCCGCAGCCCAGCCCCCGACGCCCCAGCAGACACCACAUCCCCACCCAGUGCAUCCCCAAGCUCCAGCAGCCCUGCCUCUCCGGCCGCCGCUGGCCACACACGCCCCAGCUCCCUGCACGGCCUGGCCUCCAAGCUCGGGCCACCCCGCCCCAAGGCUGGCCGCCGCAAGUCCACCAGCAGUAUCCCGCCCUCCCCGUUGGCCUGCCCGCCUGUCUCUGCGCCCCCUCCCCGCUCGCCCUCGCCCCUGCCUGGACACCCACCCGCACCCACCCGCUCCCCACGGCUGCGCCGGGGCCAGUCGGCUGACAAGCUGGGCACAGGUGAGCGGCUGGACGGGGAGCCGGGGCGCCGCGGCCGCGGGCCGGACGCCGAGCUGGUGGUCAUGCGGCGGCUGCACCUGUCUGAGCGCCGAGACUCCUUCAAGAAGCAGGAGGCUGUGCAAGAGGUGAGCUUCGAUGAGCCGCUCGAGGAGGCCACCGGGCCACCUGCCUCAGUGCCACAGAUCGCCGUGCAGGGCGCCGAAGCUGCGCCGGGAGCCCUUGGACCCACCGGAAAAGACUGAUUCCUCCCCACCUGUUCUCUCCCUGGCCUCAAAGUCGCGUGUUUUUUGUGCAAUGUUUUUUCCGUAAAGUCGCGCUCGAUGGAGACUGAGCCACAAGCAUAGGACACCCGGAAGGCACGAAGCCAUCUCCGUCCUUGUUGGAAAGCGGAGACAGCACCUCCCUCGUGUUCUGAUGUCGAUCGGGGGGCCGCAGGGGCAGGAAUGGGGGACGAGGGUGGCGUUGUAAAUAGUAGCAAAUCCCUGCAACUAAUUUAUUACUUUUUAUAAGCCACAGCUGGACUGAGCUGCCCCUGCGAAGGUGGCUUGCCCCAGGCACCUGGGACCCCGUUUGCAGACACUGCCCUCUGGGCUGAGAAGGAAGCACUUUGGACAAGUCAUAUGUGUUUGUGUUUUCUAGCUUUUCUGUACUUUUUAAGUUUUUUGUGUUACCUGAUCCCGACCCAACACCACCCCCAGUUUGAGGGUAUGAAGCCGAGCUUACUUGUGUGGUUACCUGUGUGGGCCCAGCAUGGAUGUGACUUGGAGAGUCCAUAAACUAUUCCCCUCCCCCAAGGCCACUUCCCACUGUCACAGCUGCCAUCCCUAGGCCGGCCUUGCUCUAUGGAGUCUGCCUCCAAUCCUGCAGGCUUCAUCCUGGAGGAGAGGGUGUGGGAGCUGGGGCUUUGAUGGAUGAAUAGGUGUUCAUCAGAUCUAAGCAGAGGGGUCAUCCACUCUACAAGUGGGUACUGAUGCCCCAGGAGGCCCAGGCCUCACAGGGCACUGCCAAGGCAGAAGAGUGUCCACCCUGGGCAAGAUUCCAUGUGUUUGAGGCCCACCAGAUGAGCUCUUGACUGGGCUGUGUCUGAAACACUCUCUGGGGGGUUCCCUCGAUGUGUCAGAGCCUCUCUGGGGUGAGUGAGAAAACCCACUCGCAGCCCAAGUUUGAAUUUCAGCUUCACUGUGUGGCUCUGGGAAAAUGGCUUUCCCACUCUGUGCCUCAGUUUCCUUGUGUUUACAAGACUAAUCCCAAUGACUGUGUACUAAGCACCCACUGUGUGCCAAGCGCUUUCACUCGUGGCUUCUCCCUCAGCCAGCCUUGUGGAGGCGGCGUCAUCACCUCCGUUUUACAGGCAAGCCAGGCGAGGCCUGGCGAGGGCAAGGCCUGUCCCACGAUCACCUGGGGAGAACUGUGGCAGAUGGGGACGUCAGGCAGGCCCUGCUGUGGGCAUUGUCAUCAAGGGAGCUUGAAUACAGGGGCUGGUGUCAGAUACAGCAGACUCCAGCCCCAGGUCUUCCCGGCUGCUGCGGUCUGACCCACAGGCAACCUGGAGGUGGCUGGUGAGACUGCUUUGCCCCACGUGGUGAGGGAGCUCUGCAAGCGCCACAGCCCACUCUGCAUCCUUUUCUGAGUCCCCUGCCCAGCACCGCCUGGUGUUGGAGGGUAGACCUAGGCUGUGCAUGACUUGCCCUGUCCUUCCGUCCCAGAGCUGGCAGUGAA